UCAGAGGGGAUGGGCUUGUUCUCUAAGAUAACUUUUAGAUUCCCUCUACUGGGCUCACAAUAGAGAAGUACACCAUUAAUUUGUUCAUUGUUAAGUCUUCUGAGGGAACAUGUCAUUUGUAAGCACCCUCCGUCAGUGGGACGAGGCCGUGGCUUGUGUGGAGCAAAGAGACCCAGACUCUGCUCUCAGGAUAUUCCUCAACAUUGAGGAGAAAAACUCCAAGAUUGCCUUCAACAUUGGCUGUCUUUAUUUGAACAACCAUGAGCUGGAUGAAGCUGAAAAGGCAUUUGAUGGAAGUAUUGGCAAAGAUGAACACCUGGCGGUGGCCUUUUUUCAGAGAGGAGUUGCAUUCUACAAAAAGGAAAGGUUUGAAGAGUCUCUUCUAGAUUUCCAACAGGCAUUUAAGCAAUUAAGAGGAAAUCAACUAAUAGAUUACAAACCUCUGGGGUUGAGACAUAAACUGUAUGCUUGUGAGGUGCUGCACAACAUAGGGCUGGUACAGGCUCAGUUGGGAAAAUGGGAAAAAGCUCAAGAAAAUCUUCUUACUGCUCUGAGCCUGAGGGCAGAUGCCAAAUUCAGCCAUAUUGACCACGCUCUGGAUGCCAUACUGAAGCAGAAGCUCUUCCCUCUGGUAGAGAUUCGAGUAGGGCUGCUAUUCAAACCCAAUAAGCACUAUGUGGCAGAGCUGGAGAAAAAAGACUAUCUUGGAAAAGCCAAGGUUGUAUCUUCUAUUGUACCUGCAGAUCAGUUUUCUGGUUUUGCUCCACUUCAGCCUCAAGUUGACAAUGUUCCUUCCACACCAAAAGUCCCAGAAGUACUAAGGGUAUUUGAAGGUGUGCCACACACUGUUCUCUAUGAGUUUGUUCCUGAGACCAAAGAAGAGCUGGCUGUGUUGCCUGGAAACAUUGUCUUUGUUCUUCAGAAAGGAGCAGACAACUGGGCAUUUGUUGUUUUCAAUGAGAAGGUACAUUUUUGGUAAAUUAUCAUAGAGUGC